AUGGCGUUAUUCCAACGUUUCCACCGGAGUUUGCGGAUUGGUAGGGGCAGACGGAAUCGUCAGAGGUCGGAACCCAAGGGGACAAGGCCCGCAGCCGAGUCCCCGAAUGUCCACGCGCCCGUUCACUCGGUCGCUGGACCCCGUCCCCGCACUAUGUCUUUUGCGUCAGGCGACACCCACGUCGCCCACGACAUGAUUGACGUGGUGGAUCUCAAGGAACAGCAGCCAAUGGUAUCAAUUGGCGUCUCUCCUCUUGAUGUCGCUGGCAUUAGCACCUCGCGUAUGCGUCCAGCUAUGCUGCCCAAGGACGUGCUCCCCGACAUUUUCUACGGCGACGUGGGUGGUGACUCAACAUGCCACUCCGCGUCCACAGAUUUUUCCCGGCCUGCGGUUGAAAUGAAGAGCUCGGUUAGUUACUGCUCUGACCUCACCGACUUGACUCACGUCGACGACGGCUUGACCGACUGGGGCCUCCCCAAGGUUCUGGUCACAAGCUACGACGAGGAAGUCGUUGAGGACAAUGCAGCAACCGUCGCUUCUUUCACCAACGACAACGUCUGUCAGGAUGUCGACAUGGAGUCUCUUUUCGACGUCGACCUCCCUCUGCCCGCGCAACCCAGCCCUCAAACCAGUACUAUCUCCAAAACAAUGAGCGUUGUUUACCUUGCGAUGCUUUUGCAAAAGAAGGGUAUCACUCCCGCGCGUUACCAGCCUCAGAAACCUUUGCGUUCUCACAAGAGCCUAGCUCAACUCUGUAAGGAGGCAAGGGACGAAGAGGUUAAAUCCUCAUUUUUGGCUACUUUUGUGCCAAUUUGGGUCUAA